AGUAGUUAGAAAUAUAUUUAAAAAGAAAUUUUAAACACCCCUAUAAAAAAUAGAAAUAAAGUCUAGGUAAUAGGGAAAAAGCUCGGCAUAAUCGCCUAAUCCGGUUAGAGGUUGAGGUAAGGUAUAAGGGACUAGUUAGGCUAGUCUGAGACCUCCUUGGUUCAGCCUUCUUUCCCGCCUUGUUGAUGUCUACAUACUCGAAUUCCUACUUGGAUCGCGACACCCAGACGUCCUAGGUGUAUACGCCUUUUACCAACCAUAUCUUCGUCAAGCCCACCAUAGCCGUGUUUUCCGAGCUGGUUCCCAAUUGCUGCACCGAUAAAGCCUUUUCGACAAUCCCCCCUUCACCCUGCACAAUAAGGCAAGAUGACGGGCCGUGGCGGCGGUGGCUCGCGCAAGAUCCUACUCCCACCUAUUAACUUCAUCUUCAAGCUCCUCCAGACUCACGCCACGGUCAAGAUCUGGCUCUACGAACAGCUAUCGAUCCGGAUCGAGGGGAAGAUCAGGGGAUUCGACGAAUUUAUGAACCUCGUUGUCGACGACGCCGUUGAGGUCAAGCAAAUUACCAAAACAACCCCGGAAGAGAAGAGAAGACACCUCGGGCAAAUCUUACUGAAAGGCGAUAAUGUGUCGUUGAUCCAAGGUGCUGCGUGAAGGGAGCCGAACGGAGGUGUCAACCUUGCCAUCGGAUAUGCGGUGGGUCUAGAGAAGGGGGUACCCG